ACUAAUUGACAAUAUUUGCCCAUCGUUCAUUAUCAUUCCACAUACCUUGUUAGUGGAUUUCCUGGUAUGCCUGAUUUUUUUAUUCUUUAAAAUUUCCCGGCCUCUUAUCAGAUUGUAGAAUACAAACAGAAAGAACAAAUGUCAGCGAAAGCGAAAUGAAUAUAUGUAUUUAUAUAUAUCCCACAAACUGGUUUAUGACGAGUGUUAUAUAUAUUAAUAACAAUCCCGCCAACGGUUUACAAUUGGUUUUAUAAUACUUCUGGUGUGCUGGAGUAGAUCCAGUGCUUUUCUAGACUGAAUUAAGUGAUCCACCCAUUUUUCUUUCUUCCAAAUCGUUUUCCAAGGAGUCCAAAUCUAUUUAACAGACACCCAAAUCGUUGAUUUUUAGGAUGAACGAUGGGAAAGAUUAGGAGUCAUGUUUGUUAAUGAUAAGUAUGAUAAAUUCUUCGAUUUAGUCGACCAGAAUUGCUACCGUUUUCAUUGGCUUGAAGAUGAUCAAAUCAGUAUUUUUCAUUUAAUAGGUAGAAUUAGAAUAUAAAUCAAUGUUUGUUUAUACUAAGUAUGAUAAACGUUGCAUUGAUUCACCCGAAUCUAGUUCUGUUUUCAGUGUCUCGAGAUGACGAAAUCCAAUAAAUUCUUUUUCUGACGCCUUAAAUCAUUGCUUUUAGAAAGUAUGAAGAAUAGAUAAGGCAUCUUGUCCGAUAAAUGUUGUAUGAUUCCCACAAAUUUGUGCGGUAGUGUUUGUUUUGAGAUAAUUAAAACCGAGAUUUUUCUUUGAAUCAGUUAUAGGUACUUGCCUUUUUUGGAUACCUAAAUCAUUUAUAUCUUUCGAAUAGGUUUAGAAAGUGUAGAAACCAUGUUUGAUGAUACCCUGUUCGACAGAUAUGUUGUUGGUUUACCCCAAAUUGUUGCUGAUUUCUUCGUCAUGAAACCCAAGAUUUUUCUUUGAAUCAUGCACUUGGGUAUUUGAUAUUUUGAAUCAGAAUGGGAGAUGAAUGCAAAGAACUGCCAGAAGAUUGCUGGGAGAUUGUUUUCAGGCAUCUCACACAGCCAAGCCAGUGGGCUUCUGUCUCACUUGCAUGUAAACAGUUCCUUUUCAUGUCCAACCGCCUUAGGCCUUCUAUCAAGAUUUCCAGCACAUCACUUGGGAUGAUCCAUGGGGGUUUACCUCGGAUUCUGAGAAGAUUUUAUGGGCUGCAAGAGAUUGAUCUGCAUAAAUUCCAUGGGAAUCUUGCACGCCCUCUUGCAGACAUAGCUCGUUCAGGACUGCAGCUGAGGGCUCUCAGUAUCCAAGGCCAGAUGGCCCUGCCUACCGAAGCCAUUAUCCAACUGGGCAAAAGCUGUGAAAAUUCUUUGAGGUCUUUAAACUGCUCCAGAAUUCAUCUUCUCCGUGACGAAGACCUUGCAACCAUUGCGGAAGCAUUUCCCAAUCUUGAACAGCUGGAUAUCUCAUAUACUGCCGCUUUGAGGCCUCUUCACGAUGUAAGUAUAACCGAUGCAGGAAUUGAAGCCCUGGCCGGACAGCUUCAGUGUCUUAAAAUUCUGAAUGUUUCAGGUAAUUAUUUUCUAUCUGAUGCUGCUCUGUUUGCCCUGUCAUGGGGUUGCAGACAUCUGCAAGAGCUUAUAUUGUUCGACUGUCCACUUAUCAGCGAUAUAGGCCUAGAAAUGAUUGCUUCCCAGUGCCCACAAUUGACUUCUUUGGCUGUCAAUGGAGGCAGAAUUUCCCAGUCUGCAAUAAAAUCUUUCGCCAGCACCACUAGCCUGCAGUGUCUUGAUCUUUCUCUGCUGCAUAUAUCGGAUGAGUUACUGCUAAGUCUGGCAGAACUGAAACUCACAAGGCUAAUUUUGGCUCGGUGCAAGGGCAUGACUUUAGCAGGGAUUUUGGGGCUCUCUAGACUUUGUCCAAACCUGGUUCACCUAAAUCUGGAGGGUGCACAUUGCUUGACAGAUGAAAUAAUGGAGGUCAUUGUGCAGAGGCUGCCUAAUCUAACAUACCUCUGUCUGAAUUACUGUUCCCUGCUGACAGAUUCAACCUUCUUUUGCCUUCUCAAGAAUUGCAAGAAUUUAGUAGAGCUUGAGAUGGAGAGCACUGGUUUAGGAUGGGGCAUGAAUUCAAGCAUGGCCCCUGGUCAGAAGUGCUGUAAGUUGCAGUCUCUGAAGAUUGCAUGGAAUAAGCCUGUUGGGGAUGUAACAUUGAAAUGCAUUGCAAUACUCUGCCCACGUUUGGUUUCUCUCGAUGUGAGCCACUGUUUGCUGGUGACUGAUAAUGGACUGAGGGCUAUUAGCAAAGGCUGCCUUGAAUUGAAAAAACUGGUGUUGAAAGGGUGUAGACAGGUUAUGAGCCUAGGAAUUGAGGGUUUUGAGGGGUUCAGGAAUUUGGAGCAGUUGCAGGUAGAGGGAUCAGGUUUUACUGAUCCUGGCCUGAUGGGUGUUGGUAGAAGUUGCAGAUGUCUUUUGAGGCUGGGAUUGGAAGGGUGCUCGAGAGUGACAGAGUCUGGGCUUAAGAAGGUGAUGGAAGACUGCAGGUUGCUGAGACGGGUGAAUUUGAAGGACUGCAAAUGUGUGAAUGUGGAUGCACUGGCUUGGAUGGUGUUCUACAGACCCUCUCUCAGAAAACUUGUUCCUCCUUCCUCUUGUGUGUCUGAGGGCCAGAAGGCGCUGCUGUCGCGACAUGGAUGCGAAGUUUUCAGGUUGUAGGGAGAGUCAUUGCUCGCAGCAUAUAUCUACACGCUCUAUCAUGCAGGUUCUGCUUGUAUCUAUUAUUCUGUGGAGACUUAAUGGUUCAGAUUAAAGAAUAAGCCUUAGGAUUGUUGUUGAGUUCAUUUUCUGUGAGUGACUGGAGAAAAACAUGGCAGGGGCAUAAUCUUCUGUAUCAGCGUAGUUUAAGGUUUAUUUAGACACCAAGUUUCAUUUUCACUACAAAGAAAUUCUCUAGCAGUGCUAUCAUGAAAAGUUCCAGCUCGGCUACAAAGAAAUUCUUCAGCAGGAAUGUACAUCAAGACCUGGAGAUGAUUUCUUUGUUGGAGUCUAAUCAUUGAAGAAAUCAUUCCAUGUCCGAAUACUAAAAGCCCAAAAUUCUAUUGAACCCCACCGAGUGCCAAUCAUCCAGAUGGGCUUAGUGUUCUGUGUGUUUGAGAACCUAGUCUGGGGAAUUUCAAAUCCUAAAUUCAUCAAAGGGUAACCAAAUCAAGUUUCAGACUGAGGAUAACAACUAGCUUACCAACUCAAUGAUCUGUAAGAACCUCAAAUUCACCUAUGUAGUGACAAUCUAUACAACAUUGGUAUUGUCUCUUAAUAAAAUUGAAAGGGCACACUAUACAAUAAUGGCAUUAUCACC